UGAUCGGCUACUCUCGCCUGGCUGCAGAUUCUGGCUGAUGCUGUGUUGUUGUGUAGCUAUCAAAAACAUCAAAUCAUGCCCGGCGAGACAGCCGUUAAAAUAAUGUCUUUACCGUGAACACAGGCGCUCUUAGUUAUCUUUUUAAACUAGUGUACAGACUGAUAGGACAGCUGUCCGUGUGAGCGGCGGUUUGACGGGAGUACCGGGCUCUGUUUGUGUCUGUUUGUGAGGCCUUGUCGGGAACCUAACUGUCCUAUAACCGUCCAAGAUUUCAUGUUGAAGCCGUUUCCGGUUUCUGGUUAAAAUAGUGUGUUUCCCCGUCGGAACAUGGACACUGACAAGUUCAACUAUGUUUACAGCUGCGACCUGGACAUCAACGUUCAACUUAAGAUAGGCAGUUUGGAGGGGAAACGGGAGCAGAAGAGCUACAAGGCGCUGCUGGAGGACCCCAUGCUGCGUUUCUCUGGUCUCUACCAGGAGAACUGCUCCGACCUCUACGUCACCUGUCAGGUGUUCGCUGAAGGGAAACCUCUGGCUCUGCCCGUCCGCACAUCCUACAAAGCCUUCAGCACUCGCUGGAACUGGAACGAGUGGCUGCGGCUGCCCGUCAAGUACCCAGACCUUCCCCAAAGUGCUCAGGUUGCUCUCACCGUGUGGGACAUCUACGGGCCCGGCAGAGCCGUCCCCGUCGGGGGAACCACUGUCACCCUCUUUGGAAAAUAUGGAAUGUUCCGGCAAGGGAUGCAUGACCUGAAGGUUUGGCCGGGGGUGGAGGGGGACGGAGGGGAGCCCACCACCACACCAGGACGCACCAGCAGCAGCCUGACGGAGGACCAGAUGGGCAGACUGGCCAAGCUGACGAAGGCACAUCGACAGGGCCACAUGGUGAAGGUGGACUGGCUGGACCGUCUCACCUUCAGAGAGAUCGAGAUGAUCAACGAGAGUGAGAAACGCAGUUCUAACUUCAUGUACCUCAUGGUGGAGUUCCCCCGUGUCAAAACAAACGAUAAGGAAUACAGUAUUGUUUAUUAUGAAAAGGAUGGAGACGACACGUCUCCUGUUCUCACCAGCUGCGACAUCGUCAAAGUUCCUGACCCACAGAUGGGGAUGGAGAACCUGGUGGAGAGCAAACAUCACAAACUGGCUCGUAGCCUCCGCAGCGGACCGUCGGACCACGACCUGAAGCCAAACGCUGCCACACGUGACCAGCUUAACAUCAUCGUGAGCUACCCUCCAACCAAACAGCUGAGCUCUGAGGAGCAGGACCUGGUGUGGAAGUUCAGAUACUACCUCACCACACAGGAGAAGGCCCUGACUAAGUUCCUCAAGUGUGUGAACUGGGACCUGCCCCAGGAGGCCAAGCAGGCCCUGGAGCUGCUGGGGAAGUGGAGGCCCAUGGACGUGGAGGACUCUCUGGAGCUGCUGUCGUCCCAGUUCACCAACCCCACGGUCAGACGCUACGCUGUGGCCCGCCUGCAGCAGGCCGACGAUGAGGACCUGCUGAUGUAUCUUCUCCAGCUGGUUCAGGCGCUCAAGUACGAGAACUUCAGCGAUAUUCAGGGAGGCCUGGAGCCGGGCAGCAAGAGAGACAGCCAGGGACUUUCAGAUGACUCGACACUGGACAGUUCCCAGAUCCUGUCGGGCCCAUCUGGACCUUCCAGCGCCACACAGAAAGGCAAAGAAGCAGCCGAGAGCGAGAAUCUAGAGCAAGACUUGUGCACAUUUCUCAUCUCCCGGGCUUGCAAGAACUCCACUCUUGCCAACUAUUUGUAUUGGUAUGUGAUCGUGGAGUGUGAGGAUCAGGACACACAGCAGAGAGAUCCCAAGACUCACGAGAUGUACCUGAACGUGAUGAGGAGGUUCAGCCAGGCGUUACUAAAGGGUGAUAAGAGUGUGAGAGUGAUGCGUUCGCUGUUGGCCGCCCAGCAGACGUUUGUAGACCGACUGGUGCAGCUGAUGAAGGCCGUGCAGAGAGAGAGCGGAAACCGCAAAAAGAAGACGGAGCGUCUGCAGGCUCUGCUGGCUGACAACGAGAAGGUGAACCUGUCAGAGAUCGAGCCGAUCCCUCUUCCUCUGGAGCCUCAGAUCAGGAUCAGAGGCAUCGUCCCCGAGACCGCCACGCUCUUCAAGAGCGCUCUGAUGCCAGCUAAACUGAUCUUCAAGGCCGAGGACGGAGCCAUGUAUCCCGUUAUCUUCAAACAUGGAGACGACCUGAGACAAGACCAGCUCAUCCUGCAGAUCAUCUCUCUCAUGGACAAACUCUUGCGGAAAGAGAAUCUGGACCUGAAGUUGACGCCUUACAAAGUGUUGGCCACCAGCACCAAACACGGUUUUAUGCAGUUUGUUCAGUCGGUUCCUGUUGCUGAAGUUCUGGCUACUGAAGGAAACAUCCAGAGCUUCUUCAGGAAACAUGCACCGAGUGAAAAAGGGCCGUACGGCAUCAGCUCCGAGGUGAUGGACACCUACGUCAAGAGCUGCGCCGGUUACUGCGUCAUCACGUACAUCCUGGGAGUCGGAGACAGACACCUGGACAACCUGCUGCUGACAAAGACCGGGAAGCUCUUCCACAUCGACUUCGGCUACAUCCUGGGCCGAGACCCCAAGCCGCUGCCUCCGCCCAUGAAGCUGAGCAAAGAGAUGGUGGAGGGGAUGGGGGGCAUGCAGAGCGAGCAGUACCAGGAGUUCAGGAAGCAGUGCUACACCGCCUUCCUGCACCUCAGGAGAUACUCCAACCUGAUCCUGAAUCUGUUCUCUCUCAUGGUGGAUGCUAAUAUUCCCGACAUCGCCCUGGAGCCUGACAAGACCGUGAAGAAGGUGCAGGACAAGUUCCGAUUGGACCUGUCUGACGAGGAGGCGGUCCACUACAUGCAGAGUCUGAUCGAUGAGAGUGUGGGCGCUCUGUUCGCUGCUGUGGUCGAGCAGAUACACAAGUUUGCUCAGUACUGGCGUAGAUGAGCAGAGAGUCUGAGGAGACGAGGAGACGAGGAGUCAAGGAGACGAGGCUGAACUGGAUCUGACUUCUGCAGCAGGAACACACGACCGACCGACACCAUGUGUGUGUGUGUGUGUGUGUGUGUGUGUGUGUGUGAGAGAGGAAAGGAACCCAAUGACACUGUUAAAAGGCCAAGAAUGCACUGCCAACCCUUACUGCAAGACGUUUGGACAAGGACACGGAUGUCUUUGUUUGCUUCUGUAUAUAUAAUGUACAUUAAUUAUUAAAUGAAUGAAUGAAAUGUAUGGCCAAAUAAAAGACUGUUGAUACAA